AUGGGGUUUUGCGAGGGACCACGGCUGCUGGACUUGGCAAAGACCCCUCCGCACCUUCAGUUCAACAAAUACGUGCUGACGGGCUACCGUCCCGUGUCCACCGCUCAGGAGUGCGUCAGGAGCCUCUUCUACAUGCACAAUGAGCUGGGGAACAUUUACACCCACGGUAUUCCUUUCUUCUUCUUCCUGGUGGUGUUGCCCUUCAGCAUUCCCUGGGAGGAGGUGGAGAGCGGGUGGAUCUGUGUGGUCCAUUAUCUGGCCUGUCUGUCCCCCACGCUGGGCUCCGUCCUCUACCACGUCUUCAUGAACCACGUCGGGGGGGAGCACGUCUACGACACCCUGCUGUCUGUGGACAUGUUCGGCGUCUGUCUGGUCAACACUCUGGGGGCAUUACCCAUAAUCCACAUCACCCUGCUGUGUUACCCCAGUGUGCGACUGGCAGCCCUGCUGGCCUACAUCUUGCUGUCAGCCUACGGGAUCUACUGCGCCACCACGGCCCGCACCAACAUCCUGCGACUGCGAGCGUUUGUGUGGCAGGCGAUGUUUCGCUUCAGCCUCUUCCUGUUCCGGGCGUACGGCAGCGGGGUCGGCAGCCCGUACUCCCUGCGUCUCUUCUUCAUCAUGGACUCCCUGGCCAUGGUGGGAGGGCUGGUUAACAUUGUGCAGGUCCCCGAGCGCUUCAGCCCGGGUCUGUUCGACAACUGGGGGAACAGCCACCAGAUAAUGCACGUGAUGGUCAUCUGCUCCAUCAUCUACUUACACUGGGGGACUCUGGAGGAUCUGGCCUGGAUUAAAAGCUACCAGUGCUCUGGCCAGUGA